CUUUCUUUGUCCUGAAAGGCACGUGAAUGUCUCAUUUAUUAACCCCUAGGCCCAGCUCCCCCUCUCCCCUCCGCCCUAUUCUUUUGCCCUCUCUCCCUUCCGCCCUCUCCUCCGCCAUGGCUCCGCCUUAUCACGACGACCUUCUCCGCCGUUCCUCUUCCCACCACCUCUUCUUCCCCACCACCACCGCCACCUCAUCCUCCUCCUCCUCCUCCUCCUCCUCCUCCCUUUCUUUCCCUGCCCCCGAUCACUCCAACUCCGACGACCCACGCCGGCUGCAGCUCAAACACGAGAGUGAAAGCUCAAGCUGCUGUGAGAAUCAUAAUACUCAUAAUGAUUUGGUCAACUGGUCUUCUUCUUCUAAGAUUAGAUUGCUGAUAAAUUCUAACCAAAUCAACACCGCCACCCAGAUGAUCGACGGCGCUCGAAACUCCCAUGAUCUUAACCGGACAACCAUGCUAAACGACGGCGCCGCCAUAAUCAGAACUUGUUCCGAGUGUAACACCACAAAAACUCCCCUUUGGAGGAGCGGCCCAAGAGGCCCUAAGUCUCUUUGCAACGCCUGUGGAAUCCGGCAGAGAAAAGCAAGACGAGCGAUGGCGGAAGCGGCGGCAGUGAACGGCGGUGUUCCAUGCGGCGGAAAGUCGGCGGCAAUAAUUCUGAAGACGAACAAGGCGGUGCAACACAAGAUAAUGACAAAGCCGGCAGCGAAGAAAUUGAAAAGGAAGCGGAAAGACGACGUCGUGGUAGCCGCCGGCGGCGGCGGCGGCGGAAAGAAGGGUUGUUUUGAAGAUAUAAAAAUCGGGCGGCGUUUGAGCGAGAUUUCUUCCUCUUACCAGCGAGUUUUCCCACAGGACGAAAGAGAAGCGGCAAUUUUGCUCAUGACCCUAUCUUAUGGCCUUCUUCAUGGUUGAAUUUUAUAAUUAAUUAA